AUUAAUUACUUUCAAAUGGCGCAAUAUUAUCAGUCCGCCGAAGCGUGCGCACACCAUACCACUGCACUUGCCGGCAUACAUGGCACCCAGAGAAAGUGUUUUACCUUCAGCGCCUGAGACAGUCACCGGGAGGCGGUCAGCUUGAUCGGCAGUCCUCUUCAAUCGAUAAUACUAGAAACAAGUGUUUGCGAAAUACAACUGAAGGAAUAAUGAAAUUCAAAAUCGCUGCGUUUGGCCAUCAUUGCGAGCAUCAGUCAUAAAUUACAAACGUUUUAAUGAAGUUUAUGUGUUCAAUUUGUUAUCAGUGAGUGACCGACGUGAAGACAAUUACUAACGAUGGAACAUACUCAGACAUUGUGAUUAAUUCAGCAUUUUUUUUCGUCUCUUAAAUUGCACAAUCAACUUUUUACCGAAAAAAUGCUGCUGACGAUAGCGUUUUGGUUGCUAGUCGGGGUUCUCGUAUUAUGGGCACUGUUGGACCCAUUCAGCAGAGUAUCACGUGCUCUGUGGGAGGUUCUCGUGCCCAUAAUAAAUCCAGCGCCAGUUGAUCUGAGAUCGAAGUUCGGGGAAUGGGCAGUUGUAACUGGAUCUACCGAUGGAAUCGGCAAGGCUUAUGCCAGGGAGCUCGCCUCUCGGGGUGUCAAUCUCGUAUUGAUCAGCAGGACAUUGGAGAGACUUGAAAAAACUAGGGAGGAGAUUCUCAGUAUUAAUGAUCAGGUUGAAAUUAAAAUUGUAACUGCAGAUUUCAGCAAAGGGAGGGAGGUCUUCAAGAGGAUCGAGCAUGAAUUGAAAGAUAUUCCUAUUGGAAUUUUAGUCAACAAUGUUGGAAAGCAGUAUUCAUAUCCAAUGGUAGUCGGGGAAGUACCUGAAGAUGAACUUUGGGACAUAAUAAACGUAAACGUGGGAGCAACGACGUUAAUGACAAGGCUGGUGAUACCAGGUAUGCAAAAACGUGGAAAAGGCGCCAUUGUCAAUGUAUCCUCAGGCUCGGAGUUACAGCCACUGCCGCUGAUGACAGUUUACGCUGCCACCAAGGUUUACCUGAGGAGUUUCUCCGAGGCCCUGAGGGCAGAGUACGAACAAUUCGGCAUUACCAUUCAACAUCUCGCCCCGUUGUUCGUUAACACGAAGAUGAAUGCAUUCAGCGAUCGAUUGCAGGUGUCCAGCGUCUUCGUCCCAGAUGCAACGACUUACGCAAGAAAUGCUGUCGUAACCCUUGGGAAAAUUAAUUCCAGCACAGGAUACUGGGCGCAUGGAAUUCAAAAUAUAUUCGCUCUCAUCCCACCAGUCUGGAUGCGCACAAAAGUAGGAAGAUUCAUGAACGAAACAUUCCGAAACGAUUACGUGAAUCAGAAGAGCAUGUGAAUAUCAGUAGCAAAGUGGUAAAAGCAGAUAAGUGCAUUUUUUUUCGAAAUUCGUAAUACUGUUACUACCGUUUGAA